GAUCGGGUGUGAGAUUGGUCAAUUCAGACGAUCGUUGCUCAGGAAGAGUGGAAAUCUUUCACGAUGGAAGUUGGGGCACGGUUUGUGAUGAUGGCUGGGAUUUGGCAGAUGCCACUGUUCUCUGCAAGGAGCUGCAAUGUGGACCCGCCCUGUCAGUGCAUGGUAGUGCUCGGUUUGGACCAGGAGCCCUCACAUAUGUCAUUGAAAACGUCACCACCAGCGACCAAGGGCGCUAUCAAUGUUCCUAUCGGCCUGAGGUGGCAGAGCAAUGGUCACCCAGCUCUCUGAGUCAACCUGUUAAUAUUGUUGUUACAAAUCCUGUAACAGAGCCGAGCAUCUCCGUGAGAGCUGACGGCGAAUCAGUCAACAUCAGCUGCACAGUUCCAGACGGUGUCCCUACAGGCCGCUUUCUGUUGCUAAAGGACACAGUUCCCAUCAUCAACAGCACCAUCAGCCAGCAAUCCUUCACCUACACCAUUCCGAACAUCACUCUCAGCAGCCAGGGCCAGUACACAUGUUCCUACAAAACCCAGGUAUCAGGUCGUUGGAUACCCUCAUUUCAAAGUCGCCCUGUAACUGUCGCACGAUCGGGUGUGAGGUUGGUCAAUUCGAACGAUCCGUGCUCUGGAACUGUGGAGGUGUUGUACGAUGGAAGUUGGGGCACGGUUUGUGAUGAUGGCUGGGAUUUGGCAGAUGCCACUGUUCUCUGCAAGGAGCUGCAAUGUGGACCCGCCCUGUCAGUGCAUGGUAGUGCUCGGUUUGGACAAGGUACCGGCAAUAUUUGGAUGGAUGACGUUUCCUGCGAGGGGACAGAGUCCCAUCUCCGGUCUUGCUCCUUCCCUGGUUGGGGAACCCACAACUGUGGUCAUGGUGAGGAUGCAGAUGUAAGCUGUUAUCCAG